AUGGUCAAGAUGAUGGUGCUGAUGGUGCUCAUGCUCCCGAUGGUGUUGAUGCCAGCGGCUGGCAAGGAGUCGGCGAGAAUGGCGUAUGCCCAGCUCGCUGUCCUCCGCGCUGUGCUCUCGCCAGCGCCCAACCAGCACCCGAUGGAUAAUACUGCCGUCUUGGUCUCGUCUCGCCACCGCCACCCGACUCGCGCCUCGGCACAGUGGUCCAUGCAAUGGUCGUUCCUCGGCUUUGACACCGACGACCGCGAUGAUAAGAGCACGUUCGAUGCCUCGGAUCGUGCCGGCCUUCCCUCGCUUGCCGCCUCACUCCAUGUGCUUCCGCCAACGGCUCAGGCGCUGUUUCUCUCGCGGUCGUCGCUGCCGCCGCUUCCUCGCGACACCUCGGUUCUCCAUGUCACCAUCGAUGGGCCAGGCGACGUGGUGCUGCAGCUGGUUCGAUAUGACGCUAACGUCAUUCCGGGCGACGCCGGCAAUCUGCGCGUUGAUCCGCAUCCGGGCCCGGGCGGCGUGGUUGACGUCUGGUGGGCUGCGCCGCGCAAUCUGGGCCACGGAGAGUUUACCGCUCACGCCUUUUCGGCGCCACUGGCGACCAACGUCUCGAUUGAGACCAUGCUCUGUCGCAUCGGCUCGCUCAUGGACGCGCAGUCUGCGCUCAACGCACCACAGUCGCUGAGCCUCACCUCGACUCUGCGGCUCUCCGACGCGCGCUACGUCUCGACCUUCUCAGGCCUCCCGCCGGGCUUCCACGUUCUCAACAUGGUGCUCUUCUCGCUGGUGGACGGCUCGCGGCUUGCGCUCUCGCCCGUAGUGGUCUUUCAGCCGCCGCCCCCGGCGCCAAUGCCAGCACUCGCGCUGGCGGUCCUUAUUCCGCUGGUCUUUUUCGUUUGCAUCUUCCUCAUUGCGCUCUUUCUCCGCGGUCUCUCUGUUCGCGCUGCCGGCAUUCCGCUCGCAUCACGCGGCGGAAUGUGCGCGGCACUCUGCUGCUGCUGCGCCUCACUCUUCUUCCGCCCUUCACGGACCCGGUGGAAGUACACACUUGCUUUUGACGCCGCUGUUGCCGACCAGCCCGAGCUCCCGCCGCCGCCGCUUGUCGGCCCGAUGUUUAUUCCGGGCUCGUCGCGGCCGUCGUCGAUUGCGUCGGCGCCGCUGCCAAUGGCGUCGUCGGCACCGUCGCACAACCCGCCGCCGCAUUCGGCAUACACGUACGACCCGGCAUCGUCGGCCGGCGCACGCACGCUUCCGUCGUCGUUUGCAGCUCGUUUCAUGGCUACUGACAACGCCUUUGCGAGCCCAAACGCGGCGCACAGCUCUCCCGCGCUCGGCUUGGGCGGCACGACCUCGCGCUACUUUGGCUCGGCCUCGUCGUCGCUCUCGGCCUCGUCUUCGUCACACCUCUCUGACGAUGCGCGGCGGCUCUUGGCCCACUGCGCUAUCGUCCCGCCACACCUUGCCACCCCGCCGCGCACCGACUCGACCUUCCUCUAUGCUUCGUCGACGACCUCGUCGUCGGGUGUCGACGACGACGACGACAUCUUUGGCACUACCCCGCCUUAG